AUGGCUUACGGGGAAUCAGAAUAUGAGAGUGCAGAAGAGAAUGAGGAGGAGAUGAUUCAGAGUCCACAAGAAAAAACCACAAUGGUAUCUCCCAAUUCUCCUACCUCCCCACUGAUUUGGGGCAACUCGUCCAUGCUUCACGCAGCCUCGGCUAUCUCGACUCCCAACAGGUCUGAGAGCUUUGAAAAUUCACUUCUGAAUAGCUUUGAAAAGAUGAAGAUAGUUGAGAAGGAUGAUGACAAGUUCCAUGAUGCCUCAGAUGAUGUCAUUAUUCAUCAAGGGAACAGCUGUAAAGAACUUGGUCCUGCAAACAUUCCCACCUCUCCCAGCAAGGAAAGUGUGCAGCCCAUCACCUCUCCCUGCAAGGAAAGUGUGCAGCCCAUCACCUCUCCCUGCAAGGAAAGUGUGCAGCCCAUCACCUCUCCCUGCAAAGAAAGUGUGCAGCCCACCACCUCUCCCAGCAAGGAAAGUGUGCAGCCCAUCACCUCUCCCUGCAAGGAAAGUGUGCAGCCCACCACCUCUCCCAGCAAGGAAAGUGUGCAGCCCACCACCUCUCCCUGCAAGGAAAGUGUGCAGCCCACCACCUCUCCCUGCAAGGAAAGUGUGCAGCCCACCACCUCUCCCUGCAAGGAAAGUGUGCAGCCCACCACCUCUCCCUGCAAGGAAAGUGUGCAGCCCACCACCUCUCCCUGCAAGGAAAGUGUGCAGCCCACCACCUCUCCCAGCAAGGAAAGUGUGCAGCCCAUCACCUCUCCCAGCAAGGAAAGUGUGCAGCCCACCACCUCUCCCAGCAAGGAAAGUGUGCAGCCCACCACCUCUCCCAGCAAGGAAAGUGUGCAGCCCAUCACCUCUCCCUGCAAGGAAAGUGUGCAGCCCAUCACCUCUCCCUGCAAGGAAAGUGUGCAGCCCAUCACCUCUCCCAGCAAAGAAAGUGUGCAGCCCAACACCUCUCCCUGCAAGGAAAGUGUGCAGCCCACCACCUCUCCCUGCAAGGAAAGUGUGCAGCCCAUCACCUCUCCCUGCAAGGAAAGUGUGCAGCCCACCACCUCUCCCAGCAAGGAAAGUGUGCAGCCCAUCACCUCUCCCUGCAAAGAAAGUGUGCAGCCCACCACCUCUCCCAGCAAAGAAAGUGUGCAGCCCACCACCUCUCCCAGCAAAGAAAGUGUGCAGCCCACCACCUCUCCCAGCAAAGAAAGUGUGCAGCCCAUCACCUCUCCCAGCAAGGAAACUGUGCAGUCAGCCUGCUCUCAGGGCAAGGAAUGCACACAGGCUGUUUGCUCUCCAUGCAAGGAAGAUGUGCAACACAACAUACCAUGUGUCAAAGACAACAGCAUGCCAGACAAGGAAAGUAAAGAUUUUAUUCCUUCAAAAAUUGAAGGUCUGGGACCUUCUUCUGAGACAGUUGCUCUUAGUAAGUGUGAAAUAGACACCAGUCUCUCUUGUCAAGUAGAAAACAUGGAAUGUUCUUCUGACAGCAUUGACCUCCCUCAUCCUACUGUAACUCUCCCAGUAGGUGGUGCUGUGGAGUCAUGCACAGACCACACGGAGCUGAACAGAGGUGCAGAGUCCUUUACCCUUCCUGUGAGUCAAGAGGAACUUAAAUGUAAUUCACUUCCUGAUCAAGAGAAAGAGCUGCAUACCUUUUCCAGCAUAAUAGAUACUCAAGUGAGAGAUGCUGAUACAUUGCAAAAUACACCUAAGGAGCAGUCUGAAACAAGUCAAGAGAUGUCAUGCCCCCAGGAGGAGGCAUGUGCCCCAGCCUCUCCACAUACAAAGUGUUCACCUUCCAAGAAGGGAUACACUGACAUCCUUGACGUUCUGGAUGACAUUGAUUUUAAUCCUUUUGCCACCAAGGCUAGUGUUAUGAAUUCACCUGACAGGGUUGACUUGCCACAGACGAUGAAUGUUGAUGAAAGGGAAGUCCAAGAGAGUGUGUCCCAAGCAUCUCGAGCAAAGGAUGAAAUAUCGGAUCAUCAGCUGUCCCCAGCAGGAAGUCAUAAUGACAAUGUGAAGGAAAGAGUACAUAGUUCGAUUGUUCAGUGUGACGUUGAUGUUGAUUCAACCAUCACUAUGUGGACUGAAGAAGAUGCAGAGAAACCCAGAAGUUAUCUUAGUUCGCCUUGUGAGAGUUCUGACAGCAAACAUCUCAUCAAAGACAAAGAACCUGGGCAAGAGCAACAGGCACACAAGAAGCAGAAGCCUGUGGCUGAAAAGGCACUGACUCACCCUGGUAAGGACUGUCUGCCUGUGUCCUGCAAAGCAUAUAACUUAGAAUAUUUAGAGGAUCCUAGCUAUGAUCCCUUCACCACAAAGUCCUGUGUUGUAAAUACCCCUGAGAGGCAGGGUGGCAUUAGCACUACCAGUAAUGAGAGCACAAUGUCUCCAGAGUCUGAUGAGAAGACCUGCAAGCAACUGUCAAGAAGGAUGGAUGAGAAAGUCUCUGAAUCUGUGAAGGUUAAUGUGUCUCCUGAAGAAAGUGUCCCUCAGUGUCCACUAAAAUUAGAGGAAGCUGAUGACAGUGAUGAGCAGGUUUCACUGGAGAACACAGUAGUGGCAUGUCCUCCAGAACUUUCAGAAGACUCGAGGGAAACAGAUUCACCAUCAUAUAAACAUUUUGACUUGGUGGGUAUUGUAGGGGACCCAAACCUUGACCCCUUCAAAACCAAGGCCAGUGUUGCCAACUCACCAGACAGGAGGACUUUACAUCAGAGCACAGGGCAGGAGAGUGGGCAGAGCACUAGAAAGUUGAAUUUUGGGCCUCAGUGGCAGAGUCAAGAUGUGGGACAGCAGCUUGACCAUGUGUCAAAUAUUGUGUCAAAGGAGGAGAGUAAAGAGAAGGCAAAGGCCCACUCUGGAGAGCCACUGCCUGUCCCCACACCCCAGGACAAACUAAGAGACAUCUCAGCCGUGAGUCCAUCAAAUAGAAAGGGAAACAGAAAAAGCCUUGCUCCAGAAGAGGAAUUUUUUAAUGCAUCUGACUUUUUUAGUAACCCUGAGGUAAUGGAUGCCUUGGAGACUCAUGGUGUUCAAGGCAACAAGUGCAACUUAGUUCGCAACUCCUUGUACAUGAAGUUUGACCCACUGGUGUCUGGGCGGCAGUCCCUCGCUCCUUACCUGGCACAGCAGCUGCUUCGGAUUGACCAGGAGGAUGUGAGGCGGAGCAGUGGACUGAUUUCCUUCAGCCCUUCCCC